AUGACAGACUUGCGGCGCCAGGUCGAAGCGAUCUUCACCUCGAAGCUGGGAGAGUCCGACUCUUUGGAGCGGCAGAGCUACAUCGAAGUGCUUCAGAGUAUUGGUGGUACCUUGCAGGAGGCCAAUGUCCUUCUCAAGGAGUACCCAGAAGACUCAUGGAUUUGUGUGAAGGACUUCUUGGACAUUCUCUUCAGCCCUUCAGAGGCCAGCCUGAAGCGCUACUUCGAGAAGGCUUACAAGGAAGGCGGUGUGUUCUAUCACGAGGAGUAUGAACACGAUGCGGAUGACUGGUGCUGGCUCCACAAGGGGUCUAACAUCAAGGUCUGGCAAGAUGCGCUUGAUCUGACGCAAGCUGGUGCUGGUGGUGCUGGUGGUGCUGGUGACGUAGAAUGCUUUUUCCACUACACCACGGAGCUCGGCUUUCACAACAUUACCAACGAAAGCAAAGAAUUGGUGGAAGUCUUCGCAUCUUUGGUCACAGAGGGUAAAAAGGCCAAUGCCUGGUGGGGCCGAGGUGUCUACUCCGUUCGGAAAGCACCGAAUCAAUGGCCCAACAUCGAGACCCUGCUCGAUAAUAAUUACAGAAACAUGAUGAAGCGUGACAUCGAACUGAAAGGCCGCGAGGCAACGGUAGAGGAAUAUCACUCCAGAGUUGCCUAUUGCAUCCCCAUGUUGGUGGAUGCAUGCUGCGCGUAUGAUGUCUCAAAACGACAGACGCCGGAAAUGGUUGAGAAGGGCAGGCCGAUCGGAGUGAAUCUGGCUGGCAAGCUGCUGAAUGAACCUGGAAUGCCGCCAAGAGAAUGCAUAGUUGUCCGAGUACAACAGGAGGAGAAGGUCGGCCAUGCUAGAGCAGUGCUGGUGGAAACGCUCCGCUGCCGCGCCGAAGCCAUCACCACCCACCUGGGCUCAGAGCAUGCUGAAACCCUUUUGGCGUUAAGCCGGCUCGCGUCCGUGCUGGAGGACCGCGGCGCCCUGGCCGAGGCGGAGACGCUGCGGCGGCGGAUCCUGGCGGCGGAAGAAGCGCAGUUUGGUCCCGAGGAUCCGAACACGCUCAGUGCGCUGAACAAUCUGGCGCUGGUCUUGACGCGUCGCGGCCAGUGGAAGGAAGCGACAGACUUGUACCGCAGGGUGGUGGAGGCGGACGAGCGUCUCCAUGGAGCUGCGCAUUUGGAGACGCUGGUGCCCGUGGCGAACUUGGCGGUUGUGCUGAGGCUUCAAGGCCAAUUGGCCGAGGCGGAGGCGCUGCAGCGCCGGGUCCUGACGGGCCGCGAGGAACAGCUGGGGUCGAAGCAUCGAGACACCUUAGUGUCAUUGAACAACCUGGCACUCGUGCUUCAGAGCCAGGGCAAGUUGGAUGAAGCGGAGCCCUUCGCCCGGAAAUGCAUGGAGGGAAGGGAAGCUCUUCUUGGAGCAGCACAUCCAAGCACCUUGAUUUCCAUCAACAACCUAGCCACGCUUCUUUACGAGCAAGGCAAGCUCCAUGAAGCAGAAGAGCUGUUCCGAAGAGCUCUUGCCGGAAGCGAAGCACAGCUGGGGCGCUCCCAUCCAGAUACCUUGACCUGGGUCUACAAUUUGGCGAAUGUCCUCAUGAAGCAGAAGCACUUCGCUGACGCGGAACCGUUGAUGCGGAGAGCCCUGGCGGGUUUCGAGUCGCACCUGGGAGCCGGGCAUCCGCACACGUUGAACAGCAUCCGUCGCCUGGCCAAGCUCUUGGAGGCGACCGGCUCCAUCGCCGAGGCUGAGGAGCUUUUCAUCAGAGAGUUGAACGGCAUGGAGGAGCUCCACGGCCCUGAGGAUCUGAAGACGCUCAGAUCGAUGAGCAACGUGGCACGUGUGCUGAUUGAGCGGGAGAAGUUCGCUGACGCAGAGCCAUUGAUGAGGAGAGCCCUGGCGGGAUUUGAAGCUCAACUCGGAGCCAAUGAUGCAGAAACGCUGAGCUGCGUCUAUUGCCUGGCAGAGCUUUUGGAGGCGACUGGCUCCAUCACCGAGGCUGAAGAGCUUUUCAUCCGAGAUUUCAACGGGAUGGAGGACAAUCCGACAAUCGAAAGGAGCUUCACGGCCCAGACAAUGAGGAGACCCGAGGCAGUCGCAGAAACCUGGAGCGCUUCCGGCGCAAGCACGGGCGAUCAGCAGGCUGAGGUGCUUCAGGGCGGGCUGCUGAUGAAAUUGGCGAGAAUUACCGUCCGAUUGGCAGAUGAAGACAGGCACACACAGACACCUCUACAUCGCUCAGACUUACACUUCUAUGCCAUUCACAACGUGAUAAGGCCUGCGGCAAUGGGAAGCGGCAGCUCGGCGCAGGAGUUCAGCCCGGUGGUGGCCACAGAGGAUGCGGCUGCUGGGGGCCAUCGAGACUCGACGCCCGGCGUCAGCUCCACAGCGGGAGGAACUCAGAGAGGCGCUGGAAGCAGUGUGGAAAGCAUGACAGACUUGCGGCGCCAGGUCGAGGCGAUCUUCACCUCGAAGCUGGGAGAGUCCGACUCUUUGGAGCGGCAGAGCUACAUCGAAGUGCUUCGGAGUAUUGGUGGUACCUUGCAGGAGGCCAAUGUCCUUCUCAAGGAGUACCCAGAAGACUCACGGAUUUGUGUGAAGGACUUCUUGGACAUUCUCUUCAGCCCUCCAGAGGCUAGUCUGAAGCGCUACUUCGAGAAGGAUUACAAGGAAGGUGGUGUGUUCGCUCAUGAGGAGUAUGCAUACGAUGCAGCUGACUGGUGCUGGCUCCACGAGGGGUCGAACAUCAAGGUCUGGCAAGAUGCGCUUGAUCUGACGCAAGCUGGUGCUGGUGGUGCUGGUGACGUAGAAUGCUUUUUCCACUACACCACGGAGCUCGGCUUUUACAACAUCACCAACGAAAGCAAAGAAUUGGUGGAAGUCUUCGCAUCGUUGAUCACAGAGGGUGAAAAGGCCAAUGCCUGGUGGGGUCGAGGUGUCUACACUGUGCGGAAAGCACCGGAUCAAUGGCCCGACAUCGAGACCCUGCUCGACAAUAAUUACAGAAACAUGAUGAAGCGUGACUUCGAGCUGAAAGGCCGCGAGGCAACGGUAGAGGAAUAUCACGCCAGAGUUGCCUAUUGCAUCCCCAUUUUGGUUGAUGCAAGCUGCGCGUAUGACGUAUCAAAACGACAGACGCCGGAAAUGGUUGAGAAGGGCAAGCCAAUCGGAGUGAAUCUGGCUGGCAAGCUGCUGAAUGAACCUGGAAUGCCGCCAAGAGAAUGCAUAGUUGUCCGAGUACAGCAGGAGGAGAAGGUCGGCCAUGCUAGAGCAGUGCUGGUGGAAACGCUCCGCUGCCGCGCCGACGCCAUCACCACCAACCUGGGCUCAGAGCAUGCUGCGACCCUUUUGGCGUCAAGCCGGCUCGCGCGAGUGCUGGAGUGGCGCGGCGCCUUGAUCGAGGCGGAGACGCUGUGGCGGCGGAUCCUGGCGGCGCACGAAGCGCAGCAAGGCCCCGAGGAUCCGGAGACGCUCAUUGCGCUGCACAAUCUGGCGAGCGUCUUGGAGCGUCGAGGGCAGUGGAAGGACGCCGAAGACUUGUACCGCAGGGCGGUGGAGGCGCAGGAGCGUUUGGGAGCGGCGCAUUGGCGCUUGCUGACGUCCCUGGAGAACUUGGCGAAUGUGCUGAUGCUUCAAGGCCAAUUGGCCGAGGCGGAGGCGCUGCAGCGCCGGGUCCUGGCGGGCCGCGAGGAUCAGCUGGGGUCGAAGCAUCGAGACACCUUAGCGUCAUUGAACAACCUGGCACUCGUGCUUCAGAGCCAGGGCAAGUUGGAUGAAGCGGAGCCCUUCGCCCGGAGAGACUUGGAAGGAAGCGAGGCUCUUCUUGGAGCAGCACAUCCAGACACCUUGGUUUCCGUGAACAACCUGGCACUCGUUCUCGAAGCCCAAGGCAAGCUCUCUGAAGCCGAGGAACUGUUCCGAAGAGCUUUCGCCGGGGGCGAAGCGCAGCUGGGGACAUCCCAUCCCGAGACCUUGACCUGGCUCCACAAUUUGGCGGGUGUCCUGAUGAAGCGGCAGAACUUCGCUGACGCAGAGCCCUUGAUGCGGAGAGCCGUGGCGGGUUGCGAGGCGCACCUCGGAGCCGGGCAUCCUCACACGCUGAGCAGCGUCUAUCGCCUGGCCGAGCUCUUGGAGGCGACCGGCUCCAUCGCUGAGGCUGAAGAGCUUUUCAUCAGAGAGUUGAACGGCCUGGAGGAGCUUCACGGCCCAGACCAUGAGGAGACCCAAGCCAGCCGCCGAAACCUGGAGUGCUUCCGGCAUGAGCACGGGCGAUCAGCAGGCUGA